AUUGCGGAACACCUGUGAUCACAUCAGACGUUCAGACUGACUUUUUGCCCGGGGCUGGCACGAUGUAUGGAGACAGGAUAGAGUUUGUUUGCAGGGAGGGGUACAAGAAGAACGGCAAAUAUUGGGGGACGUACGAAUGCAGGGAGACAGGGCUCUGGACGCUGACCGAAACAUCAUAUACCGGAGAGAUCAGCUGUUAUUCUGACGAAAAUUACAUGGGCUGUUAUUCAGCAGGAAAUUUCGCAGCAUCUUCUUCUUUGAAUGCAACAGCAAAUUGCAAAUCAAAAUGCUUGAAAGAUAAUACUAGAUUCUUCGGUCUGUCGGGAGACAAGUGUUUCUGUGGGGACGCUCUCAUUGGACCAGGGCAGGUGAAUACGACAGACUGCAGUGUUGCGUGUACUGAUAAACAAGAAUGGAAACCUUACUACUGCGGGGGACCUAAUGACCUUGUUUCGGUCUUCACUACAAGAGACUCUGUGACUGCUUUACCGAGUGCGGGAUCCUUCGCUUCCUCUCUGACCCUCAAUGUGUAUGGGGACCGGGAAUUCUCUUGUCAGCAGCUAUGUCAGGCUGAACAAGCCUUUUAUGCUGUCCUAUUAGACAUGCCAGGGGGGACAGAGUGCAUGUGUACCAAUACAACCCACAACGAAUCAUCAGGGGCAGAAUCAAGCGCCCAGUCUGCCAAGAACAUAACGAUGUAUAACCUAGCAAAGUAUUCACGGCGCGAGGACAGUUGCAGCGACCUCUAUACGAAGCUAGUCCGUACCAAUGGUUGGUACCUCCUGAAAAGUAAAGAAAACCCAGAGUACUGCAGCUUUGCAGACGGCACCAUUUGCGAGGAGGGCUGGGUAGGGUUUGCCGGAAGUUGUUACUGGUUUGAACGGACAGAAUUGAGUUUCUCCGGUUCUCUUGAUCAUUGCAUGUCCAUAAAUGCAUCUCUGGCUUCCCUAAAUAAUGAGGAUGUUAUUUCAUUCGCCAGCGAAUUCAUCAAAGAUUUCGAGCCCGAAUUCUCUUCGUCAAUUUGGCGGUUUGGUGCCUCGGAUCCUCAGCGUUCGUCGUCAUAUGUUUGGUUGGAUGGUAAUCUGCGGGCGGGGUCAUACUACAGGCAAGACUACCCUGCUUUCGAUUACAACGAUUGCCUCUAUUUGUAUGGGGACACAUGGAUUGACGGGCUUUGCACUGAUAAAGCCCCUUUUAUAUGUGAAAAAGACCAGGAAAUGUUUAGAUGUGUGGAGUUUCAAAAUUUCCCGGACGUGGUAACAAUGGAAUACACACACGAUCAGAUGAACAGGCAAAUGUGUAUUCAGGUCUGCGACGGAAAUCUAUCUGUGAAUGUCUUACUCAAGAAUAAAAACUGCAUUUGUACUAACACGAGUAUGGAUUCUCUGGUAAAUUAUCUACCAGAGUCUGCCUGCAAUAGAAAGUGUCCAGGAAACCCCCAUCAAAUCUGUGGCGGCAGCGAUGCCUACAGCUACAAAAGAAAUGUCAGUCUUACAAGAGCUUCUAGCUGCAAAGACUUGGAAAACCAAGGACUCGGAGGCAUCACGGUUAUGCUAUCCGGCUCAUCUACACCAACGUACUGUCCCCCGACAGAAUGUCCGUUUUCCUGGGUGAAGCGGCCAGGCCAUUCUUCGUGCUACAAGUUUGCCUUUACAAAGAAAACUCCCCAGGCAGCGUCAAAAUACUGUGGUCUACACAGUGCCCACUUGGUAACGUUUGACGAACCCGAGGAACUGGAAUAUUUGUUAGCUUUAUUCGAUAACGUUGGAUCUUUUCCAUCUUUAACUGGCAAUAGCUACUGGAUUGUUGGGUUUUGGGCAACAUCGAAACAUUCUCCAUUUUACUGUAGCUCCACUGGAAAACCUAUUGGCAACGUGACCAUUAGUGUGCCGAUCGAUGAGCAAUACGUAUACAUUGACACGGUGAACGAACUUCGACGCCAUAAAUCGUCUAAAAUGAAUUUCAUCUGUGAGCAGUCAGCAGAGUACCUUGGGAACUUUCUGACCGAUCCCACAGUACCAGUGGUCUUAGAAUCUAUGGAUAUGACUGUCCAGCUGUGUGUGGAAAUCUGCCGUGCAAAGAACAAAACUUACGCCUUUCUCUCUCCUACGCAAUGCCGGUGUGAUUUCCUCCCUCCGGUGAAUACUACAAUUACCGAUGGAACGGCAUUGUGCUCUAACUCAGCGUUGCAGCUUUGUGGAUAUUCUACAACGGUUGUUUCUGCUUAUAAGAUAGACGAAUAUCCUGAGUACUCCUCGUGUGAGGACUUGUUUGACUUUGGGAUCCGGGAACAUGGGGUAUACAGACUGAUGAAAGGCGCACAAUACUGCCAAUUCUACGACAAUUCCACUGCGUGUGGACAGGGUUGGCACGCCUUAAAUGGAACAUGCUACAGCGUAUUAACAUCACUUAACGAGCAAACUGUUCAAGAUUGGAGGUCGUCAUGUGGACAAAAUGGAGCGAGGCUACUAACCCUCAACACCCCAGAUCAACACCAGUUCAUCUCAAAACUCAUCAUGGGCUCUGAACGUUCGAUCAAGAGCACUGUGUUAGUGGGCUACUCGGAAUCAGUUCUUUUAGGAGGCCAUGGUUGGGCAUCAGGCUCUUUGUCUGACUAUAUACCAUACAGCACAACUUUAACCCAAGAGAGCGUUUUGUUGCACAAACAAAAGUUUCUCAACACGGAUAUUGGUCCCUCUGACUCAUCAUUGACUAGAGCUGCAGUGUGUGAAACAGAAAAGGAUUUCAUUGGAGUCUAUCAGCCGCCUGUUUCUAUGGAGCCGGCGAUUCCUGGUUUUGGGUUGAUGACCUUAACACAAUGCAAACAGGUGUGUAUUGGAGGGGACCACACUGUUGCCAUGGUGAGUAGGGACACCUGUUGGUGUGGGAGCCAAGCAGACGUCACCGGACUGACGCAGGCCCCGUCAGGUGACAGUGAAAGGCUCAGCAGUACCGCAGACACCUUCUGUCUAGGGAACAACAUCCAGCGCUGUUCUAGCAAGGACUACGUUUACGUAUAUCAACUAGAUUAUGACCUAGACUACCCCGCCUCCUCUUGUGACCAUCUUUACUCAAAUGGAGUUUACUUUAAUUCCACGUACAACAUUCUAAAUGAAAACGGUCUUUCUAAACAAAAAUGUGGAUUUGCAGACAGCACUAUUUGCCGGUCGGACCUUAUGUUCUGGGGGUACAAAGAGAACUGCUACAAAUUCGGUGAUGCAGUGACAUCUGGGGAUCUGCAUGCUGCUGAAUGCUUCAAAGAUGAUAGCCUUCCAUUUCUGGCUUUCGAUGAUGAUGAGUUGAUCUCAAUACUCAGACAAAUGGUUCCAGCUUUUAAGCAAAACGUUAGUUUGUUUAUUGGGACGUCAAAUAGAUUGAACAAUUAUCAUUUUCUGUCAAGUGAAGGAUUUUUCGUACGAUCGCCUCCUUUAAUGAUGUCAAAUAGUUUAAAUGGAUUUAUGACGUUGAAUUUAGAGUUGAUGAUGUGGGAGGAAGUCCAGGGGAAUUAUUUCGGAAUUUGUAAAUCUCCUCAAAAUGGGAGCAUCAGUUGCAUUGAUACUAGCACCAUAAAUGGAUCUUUGGUGUUCCACCAUCUUGAUAUCUCCCCUUUAACGACAUCUAUUUGUAUUCAACUGUGUCUCGGCAAGGAUGCCAAUUUUACCGUUGUUCUUGAGGGAGGCUGUAAGUGCUUCAGUGAACUGUCCUAUGAUCAUAAAUUUGGACAGUGCAAGGCGUGUUCUGGACACGAAACUCAGAUGUGUGGAGAUGACAGCCGAAACAGGGGUGUUUUGGUCAAUUUAGACCUGUACAGGAACGAGACGACCGGUUCGUGUGACGAGUUGUACUCCUACGGUAUCCACGUCCCCGGCCAGUACUACAUAAAUACUCACAACACCAAAUACCUGGUUACAUGUUUCGACCGAGAAGCCUCGUUAUCCGUUAUUACGGACUACUCUGUGACGCCAUCGUCGCUAGAUCCUAACUCUACAAACCAAGGGUUCAGAAUUGUCGCCUUCACCAACUUGAGCGCCCACACCGCCUGGGUACCUGACGGUUCUGAUGGCGCACCUUCUCUCACUUUUACCUUCACCGAGGAUUACCUUCUGACGGCCAUUCAGACACAAGGGGACGUGCUGUCUGACUCGUGGGUCGAGGCCUAUCAACUCAUAUCCAAGUAUGCUGGUGAAGAGACCUACGUCAUCAUAAAUAACUCCGUCAAUAUAACGGGGAAUACUGACCGGUACAGUCGGGCCACACAGUUCUUUACAUAUCCAAUCAUAUCACGCGAAAUUGCACUGAACCCAGUAUCGUUCAACCAAAAGGUUUCCCUUCGUGUUAAUCUCUACGGACAACCACUGGCCAACUUCAAUCACUCCAACAGAUUUUUGGGGUGCUUUCUGGAUCCUGAUGGAGUUUUUGUCGAGGAAUCAUCAGUGUUUUCUGAUGAAGACUGUAAAGCCACGUGCCAAGUAUCUCAUCAAUUUUAUUCUUAUUAUGAAACUCAGGAUCCUUCACAGCACUGUUUUUGUGGGAAUUCUCUGUACGUGUAUGGGAAAUCAGAAACAUCUUUCUGUUCCCCGAAUGUUAGCGAGCCGUACUUACCAGUUUACAGGACCUAUGACACGUAUUGUGACCCAAGAAGCGAGGACUACGCUUCACUGGUGUCAUCCACUCUACCCCACACUGACCAGUACCCCACCGUCUCCUCCCAGCUCCACUAUCAGUGUGACGUAGGCUUCGUCCUGAGCGAUAACACCAAAACCAAAUCAGUGACGUGUAGGGAAGCAGCAGGCAUCUACUAUUGGGAGGACGAUUCCGGAAAAUGUAAAGUUGUAAACUGCAGCUCCCUGCCUGGGCCGGGGACCUGGUAUGAUGUGAGUUCAGAAAACUCGAGCUAUGGGUCCCUCGUCACAGUAACAUGUAACAGUAGCCUGUUCAUGGCGGACGGAAAAACAGCCAAGACGGUCACCUGUCUCGACACGGGACAAUGGAAUGACACUGUAACAGCCUGUACAUAUACAUAUUGCCCUUUAACACCAUCUCCUCUCAGCAACGGGGUAUAUGAAGUAAAUGCCGAAGGAACAAAUGCCACGUACAGAUGUAACCAGUUUUACCAGCUCUCUACCGGAAAUGACCGGGAAUACGUCCCCUGUCUUGCCCAUCAGCAAUGGCAAACGCCCACUUUUACCUGCACCCUGAACGAUACGAAUGUGGUGUACAAGCAAGCAGAAUUCAACCUUGUAGGACUGUUUAAGCGUCAAACAGAUACAAGCUGGAUAAUAAGCAGUCACGUGUCUUCAUCUUUGUUCACGUGCACGGACAGGUGCGUGAAGAGUGCACAGUGCGUUGCCUACUCUUACAGCGCACAAGGACGUGAUUGCGCCCUGUUUAACAAAACUGCACAUUCCAUGGAACUAGCACAGAACCCAGCCUGGAAAUAUUUCGAAAUAGUCAAAGUGUGGAUGAUAUGAACUUUGUGCAAAACUGGAAAGCAACGGAAAUCACACAUCAUAAAGUUACACAUCUACUUUUUACACAUCUACUUUUUGUCUAAAAUUUUCAUGUGUUAGAAAUUUUUGAUUAAUAUAGAUAUCUCAGUUCUCA